GAAUCAUAACUGUUUAAAAGGCAUUGUGACAAGCCAUCGUAGGACUCGCCAUAUCUUGUAUUCACAGCGUCCAUUCCUAUCCUGUUCUGUUCUGUCCAAUCAUGGAUUCUACAUCUCUCACCUCCUCUGCGUCAAAAGAAGACCUUGUGAAGGAAUAUGUGGGCAAAUCACUGCAUGAUGUAUCUUGUCCUGCAGUUGUACUUGAUCUUUCGAUAUUGAGGAAGAACUGUACUGGUAUGCUUGAGGCUGUGAACUCUCUAGACUGCGGGUGGAGAGCCCAUAUCAAAACCCACAAGACAACAGAAUUGACAAGAUUGCAAAUCGGAGACGGACCUGGGCCAGCCAAUAUCGUCGUUUCAACAGUCGUGGAGGCUGAGAAUAUCGUCCCUCUACUCCUCGAGUACAAGAGUGGGGGAAGAGCUGUCAAUGUCCUAUAUAGCUUCCCUCUUACUUCAGGCGUAGUCGACCGAUUAUCGAAAGUCUCUACAGCUCUUGGACCCAAUGGCCUAUCUCUCAUGAUCGACCACCCAUCGCAACUUCGCUCUGUCGCUGCCAUCCAUACGAAAACAAGCAUACCGCCUCUCGUUUUUAUUAAAAUUGACAUGGGGACCCACCGAGCUGGUGUCAUUCCCGGUACAGAAACCUGCUCUCAACUAAUCUCCUCUGUCACAUCCCUCGCCAAGCGCGAUGUAUGCAUUCUUCACGGACUAUAUUCUCAUGCUGGACACUCCUAUUCCUCAAACUCCCAAACUGCAGCUCUUGACUAUCUUCGCCAAGAAUUUGAAGCCCUCCUGGUUACAUCCGAAGAGGUUCAUUCGGUAGCUGCUACUAAAUUACCUCUCGUACUUUCUGUAGGGGCUACUCCAACUUCUAAUGCUAUUCGUAAUCUUCUCCUAUCAUCUACUUCAUCCGAGGAACUGAAAGAGAUCUCUGCUCUGAAGGCUACCACGAGAGCUAUUCGUGAUCGAGGAAGUGAGAUUGAAAUCCAUGCUGGAGUGUAUCCAACGCUUGACAUGCAACAAUUAGCUACCCAUGCAUUGCCAGAAGAAUUACUUAGUUGGUCUUCCGUAGCCAUCACAAUCCUCGCAGAAGUCGCUUCGCUUUACCCCCCUAGAGGCAAGUCCGAUUCCCCCGAAGCCCUUAUCACGGCCGGCUCCCUCGCUCUUGGUCGUGAGCCUUGUAAGGCAUACCCGGGUUGGGGCAUUCUUUCACCAUGGAACCGCACUUCUUUUGCUUUGCCAAACACGGGCCCUGAAGGUUAUUCUGGUUGGCAAAUUUCUCGAAUCUCGCAAGAACACGGAAUACUAAGCAACCCGGGCAAAAACGACUCGGAACUCUCUAUUGGCCAAAAAGUACGCGUCUGGCCUAAUCAUGCAUGUAUCGCUGGGGCAGGGUAUGGAUGGUAUCUGAUUGUAGACGAGAGUCGAGAGGGAAAAGAAGAUGAGAUUAUUGAUGUUUGGGUAAGAUGGCGAGGAUGGUAAAGCUACAUUGGUAAGCGAAGUCUUAGAAAGAAAAGAUUUAAGCUUUGUCAUGAACUUCA